AUGGGCUCGUUUUGGGCCAGAGUCAUUUCGGUGACUCCAGCUGCGGUUUUUUUACUUGCUGUUGGCUUUAACACACUUUUCCCCGGAAAUGACCCUUACCGUUGUCGAGCUAUCCAAAGCACUGGACGCUGGAUCGAUCCACCAGACGAAGAAGGAAACAGGUACCCUUUUCAACAGUGGCAACCAGAUGGAUGCAUCAUGAACAAGUACGAGUCCGAGGAUAUCCGCCGCUGUAUGCAAGGUCGUCGAAUAGUUGUUGUUGGAGACUCGACAUCUCGAAACGUCGGCCAUGGAAUUAGUCGCCUGCUUGAUGCGAAGCGUUCCAACCGCGAUAGAAAGGAACUCAAGAUGCCCAAGUCCCAGUUUUUCAACAUGACAUACUACGGCCAAAUGAUCCAGCGACUACCUAAUAUCUUCCUCGAGUGGAAAGAAAAUGCUAGCCAGGAGCAAUUUGGACACAAUCUCGAAAUGUAUGCGAAUGAAAAACAAAACACUCCAUCCGUUGAGAAGCAGGAAGCGCCUGCAUUGAUGUACAUGGCUGGAGGUGUCUGGUUCACCAGAAUGAAUGCAUCACUACCGGGAGGCACAACAGUAAUUUCGCCAAAUUCGUCAUUUGCUCUUACUGCCAGUCCGUUUAUGCUGGAGAUGUUGAAUUCUCCAUGGGAUACUCGCUUCGGCACAUACAAGGAGUACAUGUCCAGGAUAUUCGAUUUCAUUAACGACAACACACCUGAUAAUGAUCCCUUCACCGCCCCGAUGGACCCAAUUGAUGGGUUAGGAAAUCAGAUGUUUUAUGGUCCUCCGGCUGGACCUGUGUACCUGGGAGAUGAUCCCGUACAUAUCAUCGACUCAAUUCGUCGAUUAGGCGAGACUGCCAUGAUGCGAGACUGGUUACGUGAAGUCGAGCAGGAUUGGAAACUUCCAAUUAUUUGGUCCAUACCAAUGCUCACGUAUGGCCAGAACAAAACUUGGCUCGAUGGUUAUAAAACGGGGCUACAUGUUAAACAUGGAAUUGCAGACACUCGGGGCAAUAUCAUCUUGAAUUUGAGGUGCAAUGCGAAGCUCGAUCGUAUGAAAUCAUAUCCGUAUAAACGCACUUGCUGCACCGACUACGGUAUCAAAACAGUUACUCAACUCGGUAUGGUGGCUUUGGGUAUUAUUUACCUGGUUGCUUGUCUUAUGGGCGAGAUUUUGGAUCUGUACCAUGACCGAAGCGAGCCACAAUGGAGAGUUUUCAAUAUGAGGGUAGGGUCAUUUCUCUUGGCUCUUCUCAUGUGUUACUACGCGGAUCGUACACAGAUGAUGGCCAAGGGUGAAAAACUCUGGCAACCAAUCGACUUCGCCGUUCUCUGCGCUCCUUGCCUUGCAAUUAUUCUACUCACUAUCUGUCGAUCGCGAUCUCCAAUCCCAAUGGGAAUAGAAACCUCUUUAUCAACUAAUGAAACAAACGAGGCCUUUCUCUCGCGACAGCAAACAGAGGAAUGGAAGGGUUGGAUGCAAGCCCUAAUUCUCAUCUACCACUGGACCGGAGCCAUCAAAGGAUCAAAGUCUAUCUACAUCCUCAUCAGAUUGUGUGUCGCAGCAUACCUGUUCCAGACUGGAUACGGACACACACUGUACUUUCUGAGGAAAAACGACUUCUCAUUGCGUCGUGUUGGGGCCGUUCUGUUGCGCCUCAAUCUUCUUAGUUGUUGCCUAGCAUAUGUCAUGGAUACAGACUACAUGUUUUACUACUUUGCGCCUCUUGUCUCGUUCUGGUUUCUUGUUGUCUAUGCAACAAUGUCUGUUGGUGGAAAACGUUACAACAGCGACCAGAAGGUCGUGUUAUCCAAGAUUUGCAUAUCGAGCUUGUUAGUCUCUGCAAUUUUCAUGGGUACUCCAUUCACCGAAUUUGUCUUUGGUCUUCUCAAGACGGUUUUUAACAUCCAAUGGAGUCACAAGGAGUGGCAGUAUCGCGUUACUCUUGACAUGUUCGUCGUUUACGUCGGCAUGUUGACUGCUGUGGUAAACAACGAGAUGAAGAAAACCGGUUUUCGUCUUCGUCUUCGAAUCAUCCUUGCUGUCGCGGGUUUAUUUGCUACGAUGUAUUACUUCAAUGCAACUUUACACCUUCGAACAAAGGUGUACAAGACAUGGCACCCCCUGGUCUCGUUUAUCCCGAUACUGGCUUUUAUUGCACUUCGGAAUAUUUCCGCGCCUAUUCGGAACUGUCAUUCAAGAGCCAUGGCUUGGCUGGGUCGAUGUUCUCUCGAGACGUAUAUCUUACAGUAUCAUCUUUUGAUGGCAGCCGAUACGGAGGGUGUUUUGAUUGUCGAUGGUUUCUUUGGGGACGGCACUGUAAUGGGAGACCGAUGGAGGGCACUGGUGAUUAUUGUACCAUUAUUUCUCUGGGUCAGUAAUUCUGUGGCAAAGUCAACAGUCUAUAUCGUGGAUUUGAUCAUGGAGAGUUCUGAGGAAAAGGAAAAGGCAUCUGCGUCUUCUUUUGCGUGGCUGGAAAAGGUCCCUGGAUAUGAACGGAUUACGGCGCCCAAAGUUCGUGUCGCAUGCAUUGUAUUGGCAAUGUGGAUUCUGAACAUGCUGACCCCUGGACAUGAGGACGUACCAGCUCCAAGUGGUGGACACCAUGUCACAUCAGCACCAUUACCACCAUGGUAG